GGGGCGUGGCCCGGCCGCGGGGGACUCUUACGGCGGCGGGGGCUCCGCUCCGUGCUUAGUCACUGCCCCCCCCGCGCCCCCCCCGCCGCCUCCCGCUGCCGUCGGGGCCGCGCCAUGGACGGGUCCACCCCCCCAUCCCCUUAACCCCAAGCCGCGGGGGGGGGGUUCCCCCUGCGAUGCUGGGGCCAUGUCCUCCCCCCCAGCCCCGGAGUGCGCGGCCGAGGUGACCCCCUCGGCGGGGGGGUCGAGCUCCUUCAGCUACAGCCUGGCCGAGCACCCCACGGCCGCGCUGGCCGUCAUGAACCAGCUCCGCCUGGACCGGCACCUGUGCGACGUCACCUUGAGCAUCCGUUACCACGGCGACGGCGACGAUGCCGCCGCCGCCGCCACCGCCGACAUCCCCGCGCACAAAGUGGUCCUGGCCGCAUCCAGCCCCGUCUUCAAGGCCAUGUUCACGGCCGGCCUCAAAGAGCAAGGCAUGGAGGUGGUGCCCAUCGAGGGCGUGCACCCCAAGGCCAUGGAGCGCUUGGUGGAGUUCGCCUACACGGCCUCGGUGGCCGUGGGUGAGAGCUGCGUCCUGCACCUCAUGAACGGCGCCGUCAUGUACCAGAUGGACCGCGUGGUGCGGGCCUGCGCCGACUUCCUGGCCCGCCAGCUCCACCCCAGCAACGCCAUCGGCAUCGCCGCCUUCGCCGAGCACAUCGGCUGCCCCGACCUGCACCAGCGCGCCCGCGAGUACAUCUACAUGCACUUCGGGGAGGUCUCCAAGCAGGAGGAGUUCUUCAACCUCUCCCACUGCCAGCUGGCCACGCUCGUCAGCCGCGACGAGCUCAACGUGCGCUGCGAGUCCGAGGUCUUCCACGCCUGCAUCAACUGGGUCAAACACGACUGCGCCAACCGGCGGCCCUACGUGCAGGCCCUGCUGCGCGCCGUGCGCUGCCACUCGCUCACGCCGCACUUCCUGCAGACGCAGCUGCAGCGCUGCGAGAUCCUGCGCGCCGACUCGCGCUCCAAGGACUACCUGGCGCAGAUCUUCCGCGACCUCACCCUGCACAAGGCGGCCCCCGCCGCGGCGCCGGGCCGCGCGCCCAAGGUCGGCCAGCUCAUCUACGCCGCCGGCGGCUACUACCGCCACUCGCUCUGCUUCCUGGAGGCCUUCAACCCCCGCGACGGCUCCUGGCUGCGCCUGGCCGACCUGCAGGUGCCGCGCAGCGGCCUGGGGGGGUGCGUGGUCGGGGGGCUCUUCUACGCGGUGGGCGGGCGGAACAACGCGCCCGACGGCAACACGGACUCGGCGGCCCUCGACUGCUACAACCCGAUGACGAACAGCUGGAGCGCCUGCGCGCCCAUGAGCGUGCCGCGCAACCGCAUCGGCGUGGGCGUCAUCGACGGGCUCAUCUACGCCGUGGGGGGGUCGCACGGCUGCGUGCAUCACAGCAGCGUGGAGAGGUACGACCCGGAGCGGGACGCGUGGGAGCGGGUGGCCCCCAUGCAGUCGCGGCGCAUCGGGGUGGGGGUGGCGGCGCUGCACCGCCUGCUCUACGCCGUGGGGGGGUUCGACGGCAGCAGCCGCCUGCGCUCCGCAGAGCGCUACCACCCCGAGAGCGACACCUGGCGGCCGGUGGCGGCCAUGGCCACGAUCCGCAGCGGCGCCGGUGAGAGGGG